AUAAAAAGGUUUUCACAGUUUUAUUGCUAAUAAUUACAGAAAUUAGGAUUAGCUCCAUCGCUUUGGACCGACGGGUAGAUUUAUUUAAUCAAAAAAGAAAAGAAAAGAAAAGAAAAGGGCCUCUCUCUUCCUAUCUGUCUCUCCCAGUUGGAGUCAUUGGUGUCCUCGGCUUUUCAAAGUUUUUCAUUUCUCUUUCAGCUCUUUUUGUUUUUAGGUUUUCUUCGAUUCGUGUUUGGCUGAGGCGGGUUUUUGUCUUUACCGGGAAAGCUCGGGAAUUAAGAGAAAAUGGUUAGAAUGACGAAAAUGCCACUGAACUUAACUUCUAUGGAGCUUCCAGCUCUGGUGUCCGACUGGUGGGACGAGAUCAAUGAGUCCACUAAGUGGCAGGAUGGCAUCUUCUACACUCUCUGCGCCGCUUAUGCCCUAGUUUCCUCCGUUGCUCUGAUACAAUUAGUAAGGAUUGAAUUGAGAGUGCCCGAAUAUGGUUGGACGACACAGAAAGUUUUCCAUCUAAUGAACUUCAUUGUUAAUGGAGUGCGUGCAAUUGUGUUUGGAUUUCACAGACAAGUAUUUGUAUUGUAUCCCAAGGUACUCACAUAUAUGUUGUUGGAUCUUCCGGGCCUUCUGUUUUUCUCCACAUACACAUUACUUGUUCUGUUUUGGGCUGAGAUUUACCAUCAGGCUAGAAGCUUACCAACGGACAAACUCAGAAUCUUUUAUGUGUCAAUCAAUGCUGUUAUUUACUUUAUACAGGUCUGUGUGUGGGUAUACCUCUGGAUAGAUGACAACAGUGUGGUGGAUUUCAUUGGAAAAAUAUUUAUUGCUGUGGUGUCAUUUAUAGCUGCAUUAGGAUUCUUGUUGUAUGGAGGAAGAUUAUUUUUCAUGCUAAGACGAUUCCCUAUUGAAUCGAAAGGAAGAAGGAAGAAGCUUCACGAGGUUGGAUCUGUUACAGCCAUUUGUUUCACCUGCUUCCUUAUUAGGUGCUUUGUGGUGGUUUUAUCUGCCUUUGACGCAGAUGCGUCACUUGAUGUUUUGGACCAUCCAGUUCUGAACUUGAUCUAUUACACGCUGGUUGAGAUCCUACCAUCAGCUCUAGUGCUGUAUAUCUUGCGUAAAUUGCCUCCAAAGAGAGUAUCCGCUCAGUAUCACCCAAUCCGUUAGUCGGAAUGCAUCUUUGUUCGUAGAAUUAUUUAUUCCCGUAGGAAAACAAAAAAAAAGAUGGUUUUGGCAUGUUUCAAGAGGGCUAGUUAAAUUUCCAGUUGAGUGAGGGAAUCAGAGCCAGGAGAAGUGGAAUGGUUGCUGAUGCAUGCAAAAAAAUUUUAAUUUUGUAUGUGACAUAGCUGUUUUGGAGCUUUCUCAAGGGAGAUCUUCAUUGAUUUCUUCAUUCGUUAUGUGAUCGAAGAGUUGGUUUAUCUGACGCUUUGGGCAGUAUUGGUUGACAAUUGAGAAUUUAGUAGCGGUUUCAAAAAAGAAAAAUUAGUAGUUGUUUCAUCGGUUUGUUUAUUGGAAAAUGAAGAUGAACAUGAUUUGUGUUGGGCAUGCACGCCUUUGUUUAAUGUAUAACUUUUGUCAUAAGCAAGACAUUAUUGUUAGCUUUACUAGCAGAAGCUUGUUGAAGGGAGAGUUUGAAAAUAAAAUAAAAAAAAAUUCAUUUUCAGCCACAA